AUGCGCGUUCACUUCAUAGCGCGGGACAUUCAACAAAGAACAGGAGGAUCCUACAGAGAGUUGCUGACAGAAGUGUGGAAUGACAUCUAUCCACAAAGACACUCCUACCCAAAUCUCCUUGCUAAUAGGGUCAGAUGGCUUAUUGAGCGACAGAAAUUCUCGGUCACAGAACUCAACACAAUCGAACACAGCAUAACCCCUCGAGGAGCAUCAACAGAGGCGGAUCCGGUUGAGCCAGAGGAGGCCCUAAGUGAAGCCAGAGCUCAUGCACGUUUGAGCAUCCAACCCUCAAGACUUGAACGUGUUUAUUACGGCAAUCUCCAAAAGUACUCUGGGCUAUCACCCAGCAAAAGACCAAAGAUACCCAGAAUGAGGCAAUCAAAACAAUUGUUAGAAUGCGUCCAAAAAAUGGAUAAAACCAUGAAGAGAUAUCUUGAAGCAUCUGUAACACUAAGAGAUGUGGUCGAUUGUGUGUUUGCUGGGGCAGUUACGGUUUGUGAGGAGCUGGGCAUUAAGAUUGGUGAUAAUUAUAUGACUCGGCAUCCAAAAUCAGCACCACCAUGGAAAUUGAGGCUGGAAAAGAAGAUCAAACUAAUCAGGAAAAGAAUUGGCAUCUUACAUACUUACCUCAAUGAAGAAUCACACAACAGAAAAAUAAUGAAGAGCAUAAAGCAGAUCGCAUCGGAGUCACAUAUAAGAACAAGCGGCUCGAACCUACAUCUGAGAGAGAAGCUCACUGUGGUAUCCGAUAUGCUGAAACAAAAAAUAAAAGCGUUAGGUAACCGUCUAAAACGCUUUAAUGAAAGAGUAAAGAGGUAUAGAAAUAACCAGCUCUAUUACAAAAACCAAAAAGAAUUUUUCCGAACCCUUGAAGAUACGGAGAUCAAAAGAGGAGCGUAUCCUGGUGAAAGGGAGAUGUAUGGGGUAUGGAAGGAGAUCUGGGAGCGCAAUGUGACUCAUGACGAUGAGGCCUUCUGGAUAAAAGACGCGGAAAAAGAAUCCACCAAAUACACGAUGGAAAGCCUAGAGAUCAUACCUGAGGACAUAAAAUCUGCUCUGAAAAAUACAAACAACUGGGCUGCUCCAGGCUCAGACGGGCUCCACAAUUAUUGGUGGAAGAACUUUCAGUCCUCACAUCAACAACUGGCCAAAUUUUUCCAGGAAUCGUUAUCUGAGCCCUCCACCAUACCGGAAUUUUUCACCCUGGGUGUCACUCAUAUGCUGCCCAAAGGAGAUAUCUGUCCUGACCCAAGGUCAUACAGACCUAUCACUUGCCUUCCGACUAUAUAUAAGAUACUCACUGGAAUAAUAACAAAACAUCUAUGGAAGCAUGUGAGCAAGUACAAUAUCCUUGCAAGACAACAGAAUGGCUGCAGAAAGGAUGCCCAAGGCUGCAAAGAGAUACUGAGCAUAGACCAUCUCAUAACAACACUCGCAAGAAAGAAAAUGAGAAACAUCUCGGUCGCGUGGAUCGAUUACAAAAAAGCCUUUGACUCGGUCCCGCACUCCUGGCUCCUCAAAGUACUGAAGCUCUAUGGUGUAUCUGAGAACAUUAUCAGACUACUUAAGCAUAUGAUGAUGACCUGGAGAACAAACUUAGUAUUCGGCAACAACUCAACACCUGAAAUUAGGAUAUUGACAGGCAUUUUUCAGGGUGAUAGGCUCAGCACCCUAUGGUUCUGUUUAGCUUUGAACUUCCUGAGUAGUCUUUUGAACAACAACAGUUAUGGAUAUCUUGUAGACUCGAGAUCGAAUAUCAGAUUGAACCAUAAUCUCUACGUAGACGAUCUAAAACUCUAUGCGGCAAACCAAGAACAACUAAGAAGACUAUUGAAGAUCGUAGAAUCCUUUACACAGACUAUUCGAAUGGGAAUGGGUCUGGACAAAUGCGCCGUGAUACAUGUCAAGAGAGGAAAGUUGACUCGGGGAGAAGAAAUGCUUAUUCAAGAUGAGAUGCCACUAAAACAGCUAGGCUCUGAGGAAACCUACAAAUACUUGGGUAUACAACAAGCAUUAGAGAUAAAAACCUCAGAUCAAAAAGAAGCUUUCAAGACCAAGUUCUUCAGCCGAAUAAGAAAAAUCCUCAGAAGUAAGCUUAACUCGAAAGCAUUGUUCACGGCAAUCAAAACAUGGGCGAUACCGAGCAUAGCCUACUCCUUUGGCGUGAUAAAAUGGUCAAACACCGACCUUAAAGCAAUUGACACACAGGUGCGAGUACUUCUCUCGAAAUAUGGAGUGCACCAUCCCCAUGCAUCUGUGAAUAGACUAUAUAUACCCAGAAAUCAUGGAGGCAGGGGGCUACAAAGUGUUGAGAAUGCCCACUCCAAGGCGGUAAAAGUAUUGAGAGAAUAUUUUCAUUCUAAGAACUCACCAUUCAUCCGGGCAAUAUGCCAACAGGACCAGAACAUCACGGCACUUAACUUGGCCUGCAGAGAUGACAUACCUCAGGCACAAUCAGAUGAUAGGCUUCUGGAAGAAUGGUAUGGAAAAGCUCUUCAUGGACGAUAUCCAGAGGCACUGAAAAACCAGAGGGUUAAUAAGGAAUUAUCACUCACUUACCUUAAAUCCGGAUAUCUAUUUCCUGAGACCGAAGGACGACUUAUAGCUGUUCAAGACCAGGUUGUCCCAACACGAGCUUAUAUGAAGCAUAUUGCAAAGAAGAACAUUGCAACAGACAAAUGCCGAAAGUGCUCGCAAGCCCUUGAAACCAUACAACACGUAACGUCCUCAUGCUCCAUCUUGGCACCCAGAGAGUACACUCAGCGGCAUAAUGCUAUGGCAAAAGUGUACCAUCAGGCUAUUGCGAUUAAAACAGGUCUUAUACUUACCUCGAGAAGAGUACACGAAUACUUACCAAAGCCUAUACUCGAAAACACCAGCUUCAAACUUUACUGGGAUAUCCCGAUCACUACGGAUCGCACAGUACCACACAACAGACCGGACAUCGUUGUCUUUGAUAAAACCAAGAACAGGGUCACCAUCAUUGACGUAACUGUUCCGGCAGAUGACAAUAUAAGUCGGGCGUACGCUGAAAAACUAACUAAAUACCACGACUUGGCUUUCGAGAUGAAAGAGAUCUAUAAGCUCAAUAUGAUCACGAUCUUGCCACUGAUAAUAUCUACUAAUGGAUUAGUUGAGAGCCACCUGGCAGAAAACACCAGACUGCUUGAGUUGGAGGAGAACUUGAUCAGCGAGGCCCAGAAGGAGGUGAUACUCUGGACCACAAGGAUCGUUAGAAUGUUCUUGACAGCUGGCUAG